GGGAGCGCGGCGCGGCGCGUGGGUCGGAAGCGCCGCGGCGGCGGCGGCGGGGAGCGGAAAAUGGCGACGGCCGCGCAGCUCACGGACGAGGAGCUCUUCUCGGAGCUGAGGCGCUUCGGCUUCUCCCCAGGGCCGGUCACCGAGAGCACCCGGCCCGUCUACCUGAAGAAGCUGAAAAAGCUGCGUGAGGAUGAACGGGCCGGGGCCCGCGGCAGCGGCGCCAACAAGACCCGGAACAGCAACAACAAUAACACGGGAGCCGGAGCGGCGCCGGGCGGAGGCGGCGGCCCCGGGCGGGCGGCCCCGGGAGCGCGGCUGGCCGGCGCCGAGCACCCCUUCCUCCCCGGGGCUGCCGCCGGAGGCGGCCGGGGCCGCGCCGCACGCCCCGCCGGGAGCGGCAAAGUGCUGCUGGGCUUCAGCUCGGAUGAGUCGGACGUGGAAAGCAGCCCCCGGAGCCAGGCCGGCGGCAGGAGGGAGCGCACUGCGCCCCUCUUCCGCGGCCUCAGGCCCGCCGCCCCCCACGGCGCCUGCGGCGUGAGCAGCAGCUCCCCCUCGGAGGAGGCGGCCCGGCGGAAGCCCAACGCCUGGUGGGGGGCGGCGGCCAGGAGACCGGCGGCGACUCAGGGUGUGAGGGAGCUCGGGGACGGCGAGGAGGACGACGACGACGACGAAGAGGAGGAAGAAAAGGAGAGUGAGCAGCAGCGGUGGAAGAACCGGACCGUGAACGGGAACCGGCUCCUCUCCUACGGAGGCAGCAGGGACAAGUACUCGGACUCGGAGGAGGAGGAGGCGGCGGGGGCGAGGGCCAAACAGCAGGAGGAGUCUGCAGUUCGCCGGCCCAGACGGAGCCUUAGCAAGUCGCCUGCUCCAUUCAUAACAAGCAAAUGCGCUGCAGCCGGCGCUGGCGUGAUGGAGACGGGCCAAGAAAGGGCUGGCGGAGGCUGCGGUGCUGGUGUGCUCGUAACGAAUGACAGGGCGGCGGGGGCGGCUGCUGCCGGCAGUCUAGACAGGGGCAGAAAUCAGGAGGAGGAGGAGGCGGCGGCGGUGGAGGGGGGAAGAGGAGGAGGAUGUGAAAAUCUGGACUCUAGUCCUCCCAGCCCCAGAUACCGCAUUGGCCUAUCCAAGAAAUCACCAUCGGUAUUGUUGUUGCCACCACCGCUCACGGACGUGGACAGCGGCAAAAUCACUGACCCUCCAGGCACCAUUAGGAAAGCGACCAAUAAUCAUGUUCUCAGCGGUGCUCCUGGUAGCUGUAAUGUUGAAUCCAGGAUCUAUUCAUCUACCAAUAGCCUUCCCCCGGGUGGAACCACGUCCUCCCUUAGACUCAACCACUCCAAUCAUACGGGUUCGAAUCAUACCUACCUGAAAAACACCUACAAGAAGAAUCUCUCUGAGCCCGAGGAGGAGCUUCUCCAACAGUUCAAAAGAGAGGAGGUAUCCACCACUGGAGGCUUCAGUGCACAUUACCUGUCCAUGUUCCUCUUAACUGCUGCAUGCUUGUUCUUUCUGAUACUGGGAUUCACAUACCUGAGAAUGAGAGGUUCUGGAGUAGCUGAGGAUGUGGGAGCCAACAUCAAGGAUCCCUUUAGUGAAGAACUCCAAAAAAUACAAGAAGAUGAAAUAAGUCUCAUGAUGAAGAGCUUGUAUGCACUUCAUGAUAAAUUGGCACAAGUAGCAGGGGAACAUGAAUGUGGCAGCUCUAUUCAAAGAAACCUUUCCGUCCAGGAGGCAGCUGCAUAUUUAAAAAAUUUAGAUCCAGAAUAUGAAAGUGUACUUAACACAUCAUUACAAUGGAUCUUGAAUAGUGGGGAAGAUGUUGGCAUAAAGUGUUUGAGCAAUGACCCUAAUGAGAUGGAUGUCACUAAUGUGACAGAUGUGAAGUAUCUGGAAUCCACUAGUCCAAAGAUGUCUUUCAGGUGUCGUUUUCGCCGUGCGUUUGUUAAUGUAACUCACAGAUUAUCAAUAUUGCUUUGGGGUAUAGCAAUGGUCUGGGGAGUCUUACACUACAUGAAAUACCGUUGGGCAAAAGAGGAAGAAGAAACAAAGCAGAUGUAUGAUAUGGUGGUGAAAAUCAUAGAUGUUCUAAGAAGCCACAGCGAGGCAUGUUCAGAAAAUAAAGAGUUGCAGUCUUACAUGCCAAUUUUACAUGUGCGUGAUUCUCUAAUACCACCUCAGGACAGAAGGAAGAUGAAUAAAGUCUGGAACAGAGCAGUUGACUUUCUUGCGGCAAAUGAAUCUAGAGUUCGUACAGAGACACGAAGAGUAGGUGGUGCCGAGUUCUUGGUUUGGAAGUGGAUGCAACCUUCUGCAGCGUGUGACAAAAUUUUAGUAAUACCUUCGAAAGUGUGGCAAGGCCAAGCAUUUCAUCUAGAUAGAAGAAAUUCGCCACCGAACAGCUUGACACCCUGUCUUAAGAUUCGCAAUAUGUUUGAUCCAGUUAUGGAAAUAGGUGAUCACUGGCAUCUAGCAAUUCAAGAGGCAAUCUUGGAGAAGUGCAGUGAUAAUGAUGGAAUUGUUCAUAUUGCCGUAGACAAAAAUUCACGUGAGGGCUGUGUAUAUGUCAAGUGUCUCUCCCCGGAGUAUGCUGGAAAGGCUUUCAAGGCAUUACAUGGCUCUUGGUUUGAUGGAAAGCUGGUAACAGUAAAAUACCUGCGACUAGAUCGGUAUCAUCAUCGUUUCCCCCAGGCUCUUACUUGUAACACUCCACUGAAGCCAUCAAACAAACACAUGAACUCUAUGUCACAUCUGCGUCUUCGCACAGGCACAACUAAUUCUCAGGGAAGUUCCUGAGAAAACUUUCUACAACUGCUAGGACUGUUACUUGCAACAGGAAUGUUCCUGUUUGGCCGCUGUCUUCCUUUUUUAGUGCUUUUUGUAUGUAAUACUUUAAAGAAUUAAAUAAAAGUUUGAACGUUCCAGAAGUCUUGUUUCCAAAGGGACUUAGCAAAUGAGGCAGUAAUACUGAGCUGACAAAAAAGAGAAAACAAGUUGUUCCAAAAAAGUUUUCUGGGGCUAUAGUAAACCGAUGCAUUUAAGUUUUGCAUGAGGAAUACCGAUUUCAUUAUACAUUUGCAGAUGUGGUAACGUAUUUUUGCACCAAGAAGUGUUUUUGAUAAUACAAAAGCAUGGAGAAAAGAAGACUUCCUGUAUUUCCAUAGUUUCCUGUGAAAUAAUCUUGUGGGUAUUUUGUAACAAGCAGACUACAGUUCCUGAUGAUGAAUAAGUUAAAAAAAAAAAUUCAGUCAAUAUUAGUUUUUUGUUGCUAUAUAAGAAUCUUUUUCUGCAGCUGGGGUAUGGGGAAAAUGAAUUUGGCAUUAGUGGUUGCAUAUUAAUGUGAGGGAAGAUGAACUGAUUGCAGAUGUACUGGGUUUUGUAUAUAAAUGUAAAUGCUGGUGGUGGCAAAAAGGGUUGUGUUCUGUGAGGAUGUCUGCGUCAAGGCAGCAAAUAAGCUUCCUAUUUUAUUCAAAACCUAUUGUUUUAUAUGGUUUUGGCUGUACCAUGACAAGAGGCCAAAUACUUAAAAGUGUUGGAUACAGGUUAAAUAUCUUUUAUAGGUUUUAUAUAAAAUACCUGACUGAUUUUGUGUGAAAGGUCUGAUACCAAUUGUAAUGAAUUCAAAUUUGUGAGCAAUAAAGAAGCAAUUGGCAGAUACUGGAAAAAUAUUUUGUGAAAAGCUGUAUUUAUUAUUACAAGUGUCAGGGCUGUGACAAAAUACCAUUGGAUUAAAUGACAUUCCCAGUAUAUUAUAACAUGUUUUAAUUAUCCAUUUAUGUGUUAAAAUUUUUAAAUUCCUUCCUUGCAACAAUUUUGGCUCAUACAAACUAGUGCAGCUGACAGUAAAUCUUGUGAUUCCAAGCUUGUAAAUUUACUAAUGUUUACCUAGAAGUACAAAAUUGUUGCUGAGAAGCUUAGUUGCAAAUCUAAGAUUACUGGCUUUACUAAUCCCCACUCCUACAACCAUUUUACCUAGUUAUCCGGCUGAACGUCCUGUGGGAGGUGAGACUGGAAGCACACCAGUCCCACAAAUGUUAUGGAAACUCACUUUACUUUGUAGAUAUGAUGGAUCUGCAGCAUGAACUUGCACAAAUAAUGCACGUUUUUCUUACAGUUAAGUAAACAUGAUGCACACUGUUUUGCAACAGGAAAUCCUAUUGUGCCUUACCUUUGUGCUUUUGUGGGCACCAUGUUUAUUAUUGGAAAGUUUGUUAACCGGAAAAUUUUAAAUCCUCAGUUUUAUGUCUCAGAUGCUAAUGAAUGAGUAUAUAUAAUAUAUAAUCAGCCAUGCAGAAUUCUACUUACCAAGGACAAGUACAUAUUUUUGAUGGGUAAGUAGAUUGUGCCAGGUCUGGUAGAUUUUUGAUGAGUUUUAUUAUAUACAUAUAUGUAUAUGUAUAAUAUACAUGUAUAUGUAUUAUAUAUAUGUGUAUAAACUAAUUUUGUUGUAUUUGAUGUGCAUCAUAGUGAUUUGUUAACCUGACCUUAGUGACCCCAUUUUGUGACCUGUUGCAAGAGUGAAUGUAAAUAUAGCUGUGGCAUUUUAAAAGGUCGCCUCGAUGCAAAUGCAUCUAUCUUGCUUCUAAUAUAUAUUUCUUGUAAACACUGUACAUUUUAAUUGUAAUAUGUACUAUUAUGCAGCUUAUUUUACCUUAAACUGUUAAGUUGACCAAUAUCCCUUCCUGCAAGACAGGGGAAUAUGUAUAAUACCUGAACAUUUGAGAAAAAUCAGAUGUUUGUUGUAACUUGUCACCCUAUCCUGUAAAAAAACAAAAAAAAACCAAACCAAACUCGAAUUAAAGGUUUAUUAGGGGUUUUUAUAUGUGUCUCACCUUCUAGAUA